CUUUUCAGGGAGAGACGUCCAUGGCUGUUUGAAGAGGUCGGCCGGCUGUGGUGGGAUUCUCGUAACUACUUCGUAGCCGACAGGUGGACCGUGAUGCAGUGCGGCUGGCCUCUGUUAGGUCCGCUGCAGUGGAUGCGUUACGUCAACAAGCAGGUGAAAGUGAAGGCGGGAAAAGAUGAGGAGCGCCGCGGCUGGCUGCUCACCGUGGACCCGGUCUCCGCCAGCCUGGUGCUGGUCAACUUCGGUGAGGAGGGGAGGGCGUCCGUGGAGGUGGUGAUGGGUCACGCCGUGGAGGAGGUGGAGGUCCUCCAGGAGGCCGACGAGGAGACCACGCAGCGCCUGCAGACCUCCUUCCUCCCCCCGCAGACCCGCAGCCUGGACCCGGCGGAGCUGAGGAGGAGAAGAGGGGGCGUACGGAAGUGGCUGGAGAAGAACCGGUUCCCGGUGGAGGAGGAUGGGGACGAGCUGAAGGUGGCGGGGGUCCUGACCAUCGCUGCCCCGUACGGACCCGAUGACUGCUGCAGCUCCAACCAGAUCAUCCUGGACCGCAUUCAGAAACUGAUGCGGAAUCAGAUCCAGCCCCCAGCAGAUCACCCAGAAACGGAUCCAGCUUGAUCCGGACUCAGCGACCACCUGGACACGGUUCAGAACGUUGUUGCUUGGAACGUUAAAUCCACCAAUCAGAUGCCUGCUCUGUGUCUCGACCAAUCAGAGGGCGCGAGCAGCUGUGAUUGACAGCUGUUCUGCAACCAGUUUGAGUUCAGAAGUUCAUUUCUUUUUGUCGUUUUUGUUCAGCAGUUAUGAAUAUUUUUUUCCAAUUGGGGGCGAAAUCAUAAUUCGGAGUUUGCGCUGCAAUAGUCCCAGUAAUUGUUUUGGAGACAUAUUCUGGACAUCUGGCAAUUAUUUAGAUUUGGAAAUGUUGAAAUUAUUAAUGAUUUUGUUUAUUUAAAAUUACAUUAAGUUUAAAGUUAUUUCAUUUUUGUAGUUCUCCUGCCUUUACUAACGUUGGUUGAGAAAGUUGGUGAUUUAAUGAGUGUAUAUGUUCAAAACUUGGGAAGAACAUAUAUAAAAA